AUGUACCUCCGCAGGGCGGUCUCCAAGACGCUGGCGCUGCCUCUGCGGGCGCCCCCAGGCCCCGCGUCGCUCCGGAAGGACGCAUCUCUUCGCUGGAUGUCAUCUAACAAAUUCCCUGGAUCAUCUGGAUCAAAUAUGAUCUAUUAUCUGGUUGUAGGUGUCACAGUCAGUGCUGGUGGAUAUUAUACUUACAAGAGAAUCACAUCAGCGAAAGCCAAACACAGCGAUCAUAUAACGAAUUUGAAAGAAAAAAACAAAGCAGAGUUACAUCCACUUCCAGGUGAAAAAGAGAACCUUGUGGGUGCCGAGGAAGCCAGUUCAGAAGCCCCCGAAGUACCUUUAGUGGAAGCUCCGGUGGUGGAUGCUGCAGAGCUUCCCAGUGCUACAGUUGCAGUCAUAAAAGAGGCUUCCCCCUGUCCAGACAAUGCGGAGGCUGCUGCCGAGGAGACCACUGCCGCUGGUGCUGAAACUGGGUCAGAGGUGACAGAUGUGGGGACGGGAGAAACCACAGAGGUCAGCACUGAAACCACGUCAGAGGUUACCAGCGCAGUUCGGGAUGAAGCUGUUGCCAUCAAUAGUGAUAAAGGUACAACUGAGAACGAAAGCUGUGGUGAAUAUGCUGAACUAGAAGAAAAUUCUCCAGUUGAGUCAGAAUCCUCUGCUGGGGCUGAUUUACAGGAAGAAGCCAGUGUUCGUUCUGAGGCCGCCUCAGCCCAAGGCUAA